UCAUAGGGAUAAGGGAACUUCAAGAACUUCAAAAUUUAUAAUGUUCGUUUGUUUCUAAAGCAUAAUGUUCAAUUGAUUAAGGUUUGAAUUGCAGUUGCUGAAUUUAAAAAGGGAAAAUCACGAUAAGAAUCAAGAUCAGAGGAAGUGGAACACCAUGGCGUUAGCCUCACUGGGAAUUCAUCUUCUUCCAAUUCCAGCUCCCCCAAAUUCUUCCCACAACUCUCUACCCUUCACUUCGCGAAGAGCCCUAGUUUUUGCCCCAUCUGCUUUGAUGGCUUCCCUCCUCGCUUUCCCUCUUCCCACUCACGCCGCUCUCCCCCAAAUACAGGCCCAGGUUCCACAAGAAGAAGAUCGAGUCGUCGCUCUCUUUCAGGAUGCUUCACCUUCUGUCGUUUACAUUAAGGACCUUGAAUUAGCUAAGAAACCCCAGAACUCCUCUGAAGAGGCCCUGCUCGUCGAGGAUGAGAAUGUCAAGGUCAAAGGGACUGGUUCGGGCUUUGUAUGGGAUAAAUUUGGCCAUAUCGUAACUAAUUACCAUGUUGUUUCCGCAUUGGCUACUGAUAACAGUGGAUUGCAGCGUUGUAAGGUAAAUUUAGUCGAUGCUAAAGGAAAUGGAAUUUAUAGGGAAGCAAAAAUUGUAGGUUUUGAUCCAGAGUAUGAUCUAGCUGUUCUCAAGGUGGAACUUGGAGGAUGUGAACUAAAGCCCAUCGUUCUCGGUACCUCUCGAAAUUUACGUGUUGGUCAGAGCUGCUAUGCCAUUGGCAACCCUUUUGGUUAUGAGAAGACACUAACAGCAGGGGUGAUCAGUGGAUUGGGUAGAGAAAUUCCAUCACCAAAUGGAAGGGCCAUUCGGGGGGGUAUUCAGACAGAUGCUGCUAUUAGUUCAGGGAAUUCAGGGGGGCCAUUAAUUGACUCCUACGGUCAUGUAAUUGGAGUCAACACAGCAACUUUCACUCGCAAAGGAACUGGAAUGUCUUCUGGUGUUAAUUUUGCAAUUCCAAUAGACACAGUUGUACGUACGGUUCCAUACCUUAUUGUAUACGGAACACCUUACAGUGAGAGAUUUUGAUAAAGUUUUACAAUCUUUUCACAAGGGAACACAACCAUUCAUGCAACUCCAACUCCUCUCCAAGACCGUGGACUGCACCGUAAAAUGACAAUUUGCUAACAUAAAUGAAUUUGCUUUCUUCACAAGUGUUAUGAUUCAUAUGAAUUCUUUCUAGAUCUUGGUCUGAGUUGUGAAUAAUUGUUUAUUUAUGGAAUAUUACUCUUCCUUCCCUCUGUUGGGUGGUUCAA